AUGGGGCAAACCAUACCUGGGUGGAGACGAGGCAGCUCACAGAGCGUGGUGCUUGUCGGCGAGCGAGGGGGGAUGCUUGGCCGGCAGCAGCAGCAGCAGCAGCAGCAGCAGCAGCAGCAGCAGCAGCAGCAGCAGCAGCAGCAGCAGCAGCAGCAGCAGCAGCAGCAGCAGCAGCAGAAGCAGCAGCAGCAGCAGCAGCAGCAGCAGCAGCAGCUACAGCCGCAGCUACAGCAGCAGGCAGGCGGCAGCAGCCUCUCUGGUUCCCCCCACUCCCCCAGUCAAACCGCGUCUGGACAAGUCAAUGCCGGUCAACGGGGCGGCGGUAUGGGCAGCGUUGGUGCAGCCGGCAUGGGCGGCAUGGGCGGCAGGCCGCAGGGGCGGCGGCGGUCGCUGGUGUCGCACUCGGGCGGCUUGACAGCUGGCCUGUCUCCUGGCCUAGCCGCUCGUUCUGGCCUCACUGGGAGCUCUUUUGCCAGUGGUGCCUUUGCUGGUGGUGGCACUGCUAUUGUAAGUGGCAGCAUCAACACCCACGCGGGCAGCAGCAGCAGCUUUAUCCGGGGCAGGAGCCGCACCAUCUCCACCACUACAGUCACAGCUGUAUCAGGGGCAGGCGGAGGGAGGCUGGGCGGAGCUGGAGGAGUAGGAGGAGGAGCAGGAGUGGGAGUGCUAGGAGGGGGAGCAGGAGGAGGAGGGGGGACGCUGUCGGCGCUGCCCCCGGCGCUGUCUCCACGUGCGUUGGCUCAGCUGGACCGCAGCUUUGGCAGUGAUGAGUCCAUGUCGUCCAGUGGUGAAGUGGUCAACGUGCUGCAUGAUGCUUCAGGCAGUGGUGCUGGCGGCAUGAAGGGCGUCUGUGCCAUUUGCCUAGAGCGUCAACGGGCAGGGAGAGGGCACGCGCUCUUCACAGCGGAGUGUGGGCACACCUUCCACUUCCACUGCAUCACAGCCAACGUGCGCCACGGCCACUCCGCCUGCCCACUCUGCCGCAAGCGCUGGCACGAGGUCCCCUGGAUGGGCCCUCCCCUAGCCGCUCCUCCCCCUGCUGCCCCUGCUCCUGCCCCAGCUACUGCUGCUGCUGCCCUUGCUGCUUCCCCUGCGUCUGCUGCUGCUGGUGCUGGUGGUGUUGCUCCUGGUGCUGGUGGUGUUGCUCCUGGUGCUGGUAUGAUCUCUGCAUUCUCCUCUUCAGGUUCCUCCUCUACCACUACCAUUACUCCUGGCAUCACCACACUCAACUCCCCCUCCUCCUCCUCGUCCUCCUCCCGCCACUCUCGCACCCGCUCCUCCUCUCCCCCAGACAUGCUACUCGCACACUCCCCACGCGGCUCACCCAGUAACCUCCCCUUCCCAGAGCACCGGAUUUCUGCUGUCCCACCUGCUGCUGCUGCUGCUGCGGCUGCUACAGGUGGCACCACUCCUGCAGGAGCAGUUGUGCCUGUCCAGAUGUACCUCCCCCCUGUGGCGAAUCCGUACAUAGAGGACGGACCCGAGAGCCCAGACACCAGUGGCACGUAUGAUUCCGGGGAGAUUCGGGCGGCAGCUGCUGCCGCCCAGUCGAAAGCCUGGGCGGCACUGAGGAGGAGCAGGGGCGGGGGAGGAGGGGGAGCGGGAGGGGGCGGGGGAGGAGGGGGAGCUGUGCCAACAAGUGCUGGUGCUGCUUCCUCACCUGCUCCUGCAGAGAUCAUACCCGCUGCACCCGCACUGGCAGCAGUAGCAUCCUCAUCAUCAGCAGCACCUGUGUUUGCACCACCCACACUGGCAGCAGCAGCACCAACAUCAUCAGCAGCACCUGUGUUUGCACCACCACCCACAGGCAUAGCUUUACAGCUGCCAGGCACAGUGGGAGCAGCGCCUAUUCGAGUCCAUCCAGUGGCGCGAUCAACAGGAGGAGCAGGGGCAUCAGCAGCGGCACUGUUGCCAUGGCUCCCUGCCACGUCGUGCGAGGACCCUGACAGCACGACGUCGCUGCAGGAGUGGAUGGGAGGGCGGCAGGGAGCGGCGGCAUCAGACGUGGCAGCAGCAUUAGGCGCAGCAGAUGCCCCCCCAAGCGCCACAUACGGUGAGCUGAUUGCGGGAAGCAGCAGUCUCUCACUGCAAGCACCGCAACCACCACAGGUGCAGCAGCAGCAGCAGCAGAGUCUACUGAGGCAGGCGUCUAUAGUGGCGCAUGAACUGACACUAGGUCGCUCCAGAGCUGCCUCUGCCUUCCCCCGCUCCAAAAGCACCAGCGGCACUGCUGCUGCUGAUUCUGCUGCUGCUGCUGCUGCUGCUGCUGGUAAUUCUGCUGCUGGUUCCCUUACAUCUGGUGCUAAUGCGGCCAAUGUUAGCAGCAGAAUCAGCAGCAGCAGUGGUGGCGGCAGCAGCAGCGGCGGGCUUAGAACGGCUUCCAGCCUUCCCACGCCCCCUGCUGCCAGUCACGCGGUGCCUUUACCAAGUGUGGCAGGGGAGGAGGCUGGGGAGGCAAGGGGAGGCAAGGCCUGCCCAGCCUAUGCUCCUCUGACACGUGGCAGCCUGCAGCCUCUCGCUGCCAUCCAUCCAGUGCGGCAGCAGAUGCUGCUGCCAGGGCAAGUAGGGGCGGAUGAUUCGCCUCGAGUGUACAACGAUGAUCAGAGCCUCAAUAGCCCCCCGGCUGCUGCCCCUGGCACCUCUGCUCUUGGUGCCAUCUCUUCUCCUGCUGCUGCUGGCGAUGCCGCCCCUGUUCCUAUCGGAGGUGCUACUACCACAGAUGGCGCCGUUUCUCCCACUGCUGGUUUGGUCGCCAGUGCCCCACGUGCUCUCUCACGCCUCUCUGCUGUUGGGUCGGCGGCAGUUGAGUCUGCGCCCCACCAGAAGACGCCUGCCUCAGAAAACGCCUCGUUCCCUGUCCAGCUGUCCGUGUGCGCGGAGCGCACGCCUCCCCCUUUCAUGGAAGUUUCCGAGUGUUACACCGUGCUGCUCACUCUUAAAGCCCCUCCGCUCGACCCUCCUGCUGCUGACUCCACCACUCCUGCCUCUCCUCCAACCGAACACCACCAGGGCUCACCGCUCCCCACCCCUGCCACCACCGAUGGAACCACUUCCACUAUCACUACUACCACUCCUGCCGCCCACUCAUCAAGAGUACCCAUCGAUUUAGUCACACUUUUGGACCUUAGCGGGAGCAUGCACGGGCCGAAGCUUCAGCUGCUGCAGCAGGCCAUGCUCUUCCUCAUCUCCCAGCUCGGCCCCCACGAUCGGCUCUCUAUAAUCACAUUCUCCUCACAAGCACACCGCGUGACGCCCCUCAGGAGGAUGACGGAGGAGGGGCGGCAGGAGGCGGAGGGGAAGGUGCGGGGGAUGGUGGCGGGGGGAGGGACGAAUAUCGCCCAGGGGAUGUUGAAGGCGUUGAGAGUGGUGGAGGAGAGGAGGGAGCGGAACCCGGUGGCGAGUAUCAUGCUGCUGUCCGAUGGGCAAGAUACCGCCACGUGCAGCCAGAAGGGGUUCGGAUACAGCUCUCUCAACCACCCCAAGCAAACCUACAGCCGCCUACUCCCCAGCCAGAUGACACGCAACAAGUCCUCCUCCUCUCAAGAUUCCUCCUCCUCCCGGCGUCUAGUCCCCGUGCACACCUUUGGCUUUGGUGCCGACCACGACGCUGCCGCCCUGCACGCCAUAGCCGCCGACACAGCUGGCGUCUUCUCAUUCGUCGAGGAGCCGGCCAGCGUGACCGCCGCCUUUGCGCAGUGCCUGGGCGGCCUGCUGUCUGUCGUUAUCCAAGAGGCCAAGAUCUCGUUCGCGGUGGGAUCGGAUCUCCCCGGGUGGCAGAUCGCGGCAGUACAUGCGGGGGGGUAUGCAUACAGAGUGGGGGAGAAGGAGAGGGAUGGAGCGGUGCUGCUGGGGGAUCUGUAUGCAGAGGAGGAGCGGCACGUGAUGCUGGAGGUGUGGCAGAGACGACAGAUGGAGGUACGUGAUUGGCGGAGGGAUGCUGGAAUUCAUUGGGACACGUCAGCAAAAACAGCACAGCGCGACAUGUGUCGCAUUCUGAGAGCACGGUGCAGCUACAGAUGCCGCCCGCUGUUCCAGGAAACCCACCGCACACCGCUGGUAGAGCUGGCCGUAGCACGAGCGGAGGAGGAGGAGGAGGAGGAGGAGGAGGAGGAGGAGGAGGAGGAGGAGGAGGAGGAGGAGGAGGAGGAGGGAGAGGAGGUGGAGGAAGGGUGGGAGGAAGAAGGGCGCAUGUGGGAGGAGGGUGCAGAGGGGGAGUGGUAUGAUGAACAGCAUGGGCAGGAGGAAGGGGAGUAUGGGGCGCACAGCAGCGGGCAUGAUAGCUUUGCGGCGGCGCUCGCAGCAGCAGGCGGGUGGGACAGUGGCGCGCAGGGAAGCAGCAGGCAGGCCAGUGGCAGGCAAGAAGGGGCGUCCCAUGGUGUGUCGCCGCCAGCGUUGCAGCAGGCAGAGGCGGGCAGCCUGGCAGCAGCACAGCGCACCAUACAGCAAGGCGUGGCAGCCAUCCAAUCGUCUUAUGCCAUGCAGCAAGGGGAUGAGGCAUCAAUGCAUUUGAUUGACGAGCUGAUGGAGAUCGAGAGACGCAUGUGCAACAUGCAGACGUACAAGGGAGCAGGUCUGGCGUAUGCUCUCUCUGCGCAGUCAGCUCAUCUGCUGCAGCGAGCAAACACGAGGGGGGGAGGGGCCGCAGCAGACAGCACAGCUGGCCUCGACUACAUGACGCCUUCAAUGGUCAACAUGCUGCACAAGUCACGAGCACAUAGCGCUGCCUUCACAACAUCCCCCUCCUCCUACCCAUCCUCCUCGUCUCGCCACACUCAUCCUAACCGCCCCACACUCCCUCAAACACACCCUUCACCACACGCCUCACCUCAUCUGGAGGACACGAGCAACAGCAGCAGUGGGUCGCUGGUGCUGCCAGCGCCUCACUCAGGUCCAUUCAUGGACGGCAGGGAGUGUGAAACACCCACGUUUCGAGGCAGAGGGGUGCCAAAAAACGGUAGAGGAGGAGGGGCAGCAGCUGCUGGCGUUGCUGCAGCUGCUGCUGCUGCCGCCUCCUCCAUAUCACCCUCUCAGCCGUUUUUUGACAGCAGACAAGGGCCGAACGGGGCAAAUGGGAUGCUCGCUGCUACAGCUGCAGCCCUUCCCCAACCACCCCUGGACGGUUUGAAUGGAGCAAGCUACAGCAACAUCUGCUCCUCUCAGCGUGGUAUUGAUGUCUCCUUUGGCAACUCCUGUGAGCAGCAGCAGCAGCAGCAGGGCGAGACAGAGGAGCUCUUAUUUGGCUCGGCUUCCUUUCAAUCCAGACCGCCAACAGAGGCAGCGUGCCAGACACGCCGACAACAGCAGCAGAAGCAACAGCAGCAGCAGCAGCAGCAGCAGCAGCAGCAGCAGCAGCAGCAGCAGCAGCAGCAGCAGCAGCAGCAGCAGCAGCAGCAGCAGCAGCAGCAGCAGCAGCAGCAGCAGCAGCAGCAGCAGCAGCAGGGAGGAGUGGGGCUGAGAAGGCAGAGGUCUGGCGUGCAGCGCAGCAGCAAGCCGGCUCCCCUGGUGGUGCGCAGUGGGAUGGGUCUCGCUGCUGCUGUGGCCGCCGCUGCUGCAGCUGCAGGGGAUGGCCGGCUGGACUCCUCUGCUUCACUCUCUGCUGUGGCUCAUGCGCUCUCGUCCUCACCUCGUCCCGUGGAAGCAUGA